CUUAUUGUAAACAGUAAGGAUCUCAGAAACAAGCAUAUUUGAAUGUGGUAAAUAAUUUGAAUUGUCGAUGUAGUCGGAAAACCAUGAUUCAAUUUGUGCUUCUUAUUAGCCGACAAGGAAAAGUCCGGUUGACUAAAUGGUAUUCUCCUUAUUCACAAAAGGAACGAACUAAGGUUAUUCGUGAGCUCAGUGGAGUCAUUCUUUCACGAGGACCCAAGCUCUGUAAUUUCGUGGAAUGGAGAGGAUACAAAGUUGUUUAUAAAAGAUAUGCUAGUCUAUACUUCUGCAUGUGCAUUGAUCAGGAUGACAAUGAAUUAGAGGUCCUUGAAAUAAUUCAUCAUUAUGUUGAGAUUCUUGACAGAUACUUUGGAAGUGUCUGUGAGCUGGACUUGAUCUUCAACUUUCACAAGGCCUGUUAUAUUUUGGAUGAACUCUUGAUUGCCGAUGAACUUUAAGAGUCAGGCAAGAAAACAGUUGCACGUCUAAUAGCUGCUUAGG